CGUUUAACUUCCGGCUCGGCGGCAAAGCGUGUGGCUGUUCAGAGAGUACGUUAUUGUGUCGAAAGGCACAAAAUACACAUUAAGCUUAUCGGCGAACAUCCCCUUGUGCUAACAGAAUGAGUUUACCUCUUAACCCGAAGCCCUUCCUCAACGGGCUGACCGGCAAACCCGUGAUGGUGAAGCUGAAGUGGGGAAUGGAGUACAAAGGAUACUUGGUGUCGGUGGACGGCUACAUGAACAUGCAGUUGGCCAACACAGAAGAGUACGUUGACGGAGCACUGGCAGGUCAUCUGGGUGAAGUUCUCAUCAGGUGUAAUAACGUUCUGUACAUCCGAGGCGUGGAGGAGGAGGAGGAAGAUGGGGAGAUGAGGGAAUGACGGAACGAUGGAGGAGAAACGAAGAAGCCCUAACUGAUAUUCUGUUUGUUUUUACUUUAAGUGUUCCCCUUUUUGUGCGUUUUCACCAUGUGAAAGCCGUGGAUAUUUGUGGAUGAAUGACGUGGCUCAUUUUGUUUAAAGUUUUUGGAAAGAUUCCUUUUUUACUGUAUAAGACCAAUCUUGGAAAAUUGU